AUGGGUGACUGGAGCAAACUGUAUGGAGUCCUGGAAAAGGUCCAGGCCUCAUCCAGUAGGUGGGGGAAGUUCUGGCUGGCACUCCUCAUCUUCAGGAUCCUGCUUCUAGGCACUGCGGUGGAAUCUGCCUGGGGGGACGAGCAGUCUGCCUUCAAGUGUAACACCCAGCAGCCCGGCUGCCAGAACGUGUGUUACGAUAAAUCCUUCCCCAUCUCCCACAUGCGCCUUUGGGUUCUUCAGAUCGUCUUUGUGUCAAUGCCCACACUUCUGUUCCUUACUUGUGUUUAUAGUAGGAGGAAAGUUUGGAAAAACAAGAAAAACAUAGAUCUUAAGAGAGCAUGCGAGCCAAUUCCAGAAAAUUCUUAUUAUAAUAAAUUUGAUAAAAAUGUUAUUGAAAAAUCUUUAAAGAUAAUAGAAUUCAUAAAUAAACACUAUGUAAUUAUGGAAGAAGACAGGGAAAAUGAGAUGAGUAAAGAACUGUUUAAAAUCUAUGCAGUCAGUAUUUUCUUCAAGUUUCUGUUAGAAGUGGCCUUCCUGGUUCUUCAGUGGUGCAUUUAUGGCUUCACUCUGAAUCCAGUCUACAUCUGUGAGAGGGCCCCAUGUCCACACCGGGUGGACUGUUUUUUGUCCCGUCCCACAGAGAAGACCAUUUUCGUAAUUUUCAUGCUGGUGGUCUCACUGGUGUCAUUGGUGGUCAGCAUCAUUGAGCUCUGCAGAGUACUCUGCAACAAAAACAACCAGGAUACUGAUUCAUGUGAGAGGGAGCAGAAAGAGGCCAACCAUUCCUUAGAGCUGAACCAGUUUGAUCAGAACGAUGGCACAAACCCUCCAUCAAAAGGUCAUUCACAAUAUCCCCAAAAUGCUCCUGAUACCUACAUCGACCUCUCACAAAGAGAGUACGUGGAUUGCUGA